CAUUCUACAGGUGACGAUGGUUUGAGUAAGUGUGGUAAAUUGAGUAUUGACAAACCCACAAUACUAGGAAGGAAUGUAGCAUUUUCUUUUACCCCCGACACGUAUGAUCCAAAUGCAAUUCUAGAAUGGCAGCGCAGCAUGAAUGGAAAAGAUCAAUGGAAAACGCUCCCUUUAAACAACAAGUUUAAUCAGUUUGAGAAAAAUAUGAUUUACUACCUGAUAUUAACAGACAGUGUCAGAAACAAUGACGAGGGAUUUUACCGUGUUCAUUAUUAUAAUGAGACAAUACAUUGCUGGAUGGACGCUGGGAAACUUACGCUUGAAGCUAUAAACAAUUCGUGUGGACUCGUCUACCUCAGAUCUGAAAAGGUGAUUGUUAAUGGAACCGUGGAAAUCGAAUAUUAUCCGUCAACUGAUGUGAUGCAAAAUAGCGGUAGUUUCGAACGUAGAUGGAUACAUUCCGUCAGAGGGAGAAACAAAGUAUUGACAUUGGUUGGAGGAAGUUACGAGGAGACAUUUGAGCAAAAUAAUAAAUAUGUGUUGACAAUAUUUAUGUUCAAUAUUUCUAUGGAUGGAGAUUAUGGUGUUUAUUGUGGCUCUUCCGCAAAAUACACAGAUUUUAUAACCGUGAAAUUACCAGAACCACCAAGUGUACCUAAAAUAGUUGGUCUACAAGACAUAGAAAAUUGCACUGACUGUAUUGUUGGUGAGGAUAAUGAGAUGUUCAAACUUACCUGUGAGAUACACGGUGGUUCCCGUCCUCUAAUUGUUACCAUGACAAUAGGAAAUGAGUCAUAUCAACCUCAAGAAUUGAAUUCAACAACCUUUAUGGUAUUUUUCACGGUUAGGGACCACCAUCACAUGGAAAGUGUAAUAUUUUCAGUCAUGAACGAUGCAUUGUCGUCACCUUUAAGUGCUACUGCUCAGAUGUUUGUUAUAAAACCACCAACGUUUCAAGUUUCGGUGCCGGAAAUUCUAAGAGACGGAGAAGCUGUUAACAUCACAUGUACGUUGGAUGAUGGAAGACCCAAUCCGAAUGUGUAUUUUAGUAUUUCUGGUUCAGAAGUAUCGUCUGCAAACUCACAUUAUUAUAAUUCGACUACAUCUUUAAAUACCAACAUUAUCACUUUGACCACAUUCAAGAAAGAAUGGAACAAAGAAAACAUCACGUGCUGUCGAUAUAACGAAUGGUACACAAUUGUUCGGGACUGUUCGCCGCCAAUACAAAUUAAUUAUCAUUUUCCUCCCACGGAUGUGAUGUUAGAAGUCAAAAGUGAUGAAGACAGUCUAAUGUAUGCUACUUGCACUGUGUAUGGCUCGAAUCCAGUCUGCAACGUUCAGAUUAAAGCUACAAGCGGUAUCAUUGGAUCAGAAAAGUCUUCAGAGAAUAUAAGUCUACCCCAUGGUGCGUGGAAUUCUGUGUAUGAAGUAAACUUGAAUGUCCGUGAAGAAGACAAUGGUACAGAUGUAACGUGUAAAGUUGAGUGUGACGAGUUUCUUGUUGACCUUACAGACACUGUCAAAAUCCUCUUGCCUUCAAACCGAGAUGGUAUAAGGACAGGCGAUAAUAUGAGUACAACAGGCACAAACGAAACAGGUGUAGGUUUAGGAGCUGUAAUUGGGUCUGUGAUUGCUGCAUUAGCUGUUGGAAUUCUUAUUGGUGUGACUUGUACCAUGUAUAUUCUUACUAGAAAAGGAAUUAUAGCAGGCUCGAAAACUCAGCCGACAGUUUCUCGUGAAAUAGAAUUAACUGGACCACCAACUGCUCUGGAUACCUAUGAGCAACUUCAAAACAGAACAGAUACUGAAAUCAGGGGAACUUAUGAUUCACUUGAAGUCAACUCCAGAGUAGAACAAAACAGCCAAUCUCAGUAUGAAAGUCUGAAUCAGGAUGUUGAGAAAUAUCACACAUAUACAGAUCUAAAACAAAGCCGAUAAAUCAUGAGAACCUACUUGAAAGAUUCGUCUUGAACGUUCUAGUCUAUUCGGAAACUUUAUAGAAGGAUUGUUUGUAAUAUUUGUAUUUCUGUCAUCUUAAUGGAAGAUAUUGUUACACAAAUAGUCUCACUGACUUGUGUAAUAGAUUAAAACGUGUUAUGCUAGGUAUAAUUUUGUAUAAAUAACGGGGUCGUUUGGAAGUAAUAGAAAAAUACUGUUUUAAGGACUGGUGAGUUCUGGCAGUUAUGUUGCUACUUGAAAUAUCAACAUUAUUCGUAGAAAAGACUUUUAAUUCAAUGUUUAUACAUGUGUGCUUCACAUGUUAAAACUAAAAUAUGUGUUAUAUCAAAAGUAAAUUGAUUGAUGAAUGUUAAUUUCACAUAGAUGAUAUCAAGUCAAGCUUAUAUUAUGUUUGUUAAUUUGCUUAAGCGGGUGCGUUUUGUUAUUCUAGUGAUAUUUUGUAAUAAUUAUUAUCUUAUAUUUUCUGUAAAUAAGACAUGAAACAUUUGUAUUCACGUAUUACCUGUAUAUAUAUAUCACAAUCAUUGUGACUAUAUUGUGCUUCGUUCACCUUUUAUUCAUCCGUAUGAAACUUCUAUUUACUGUUCUUGAAUUUUCAUGUGAAUAAGGACAGAAGACUCGUAAAAUAUCAUACUUAAACUAAAAUACUGUUUUAUAAUAUAAUGAUUCUUUGUAAUAUUUUGACAAUGUAUAUAUUUAGACAUGUUAGUUUCUUCAAACAAGUGCUGCGGGUAACCGGUAUUGUUCGAAUUAAAUCUAGUUUGAAUGCCAUAUAUUGAGUUACAACUCUUCCUAAUAAUUCUAAAUAUUAAGUAAGUGAGAAGAAUUCCAGCAACAAGGAAAAUUUAGUAUUGCAUUGCUUCGUUCGAUUUCAGCCAUAGUUGAAACAUAUGUAGUGAACCAGGAUGAGAACAUUAAAGGGCAUCAUACUCUACAAAUUAAUUUUCAGGUUUCUGGCUCUUAAGAAAUUUAGAAUAAACCGUUUGUAAUGUUUUUGCCCAAGAUUAUUUUUCAAAGAAUAUAGAAAAGUUAUUUCUGUUCCCAAAAUAUCGAUAUUAUAGCAUAACUGAACAAAAUUGCUUCACUUGGCUCUUGAUAUUUCCUGAGGAAUGUCAAAUGUUAAAUAUGUUUGUGCAAUGUUUAGUAUAAUAACAUGCUUCAUACAUUUUAAUUCAAUUUACUCAAACUUACAUGUGAUAACGAGCUGCCCCAUACAAAGACACAGCCAGUAUUGUAUGUUUUGUAUGAUAAUUUUGCGUUAACAUGUAUUACUUUAAGUGAAUUGGUUUAUAAUGGAAUGUUUGUGAUACAAUAAAAAAAAUUGGUAUCAUUCAUGACAACAAACCACGAAAUAUUAUAUAUUUUUAUAUGAGUGUUGUAUACCAUAGUGAGAUACUCGACCCAAUAUUACAUAAACUGUUUUAGAACAACAUAU